AUGAAUCCCGCAGGGGAGGGAUCCCUUUCCCUUGAGGAGUGGGAAGUCCAGUGGCAGAAAUUCCUCAGGACUCUGGAGUCCUCUCACUCUCCAUGGGGAAUCUCCCCCUUACCAGAGAAACUGUCACCCUGGGAUGAUGCCAAGACCUUUUUGGCUGCCUUUGAGCAAGUGGCCGAGGCCUGUCAGUGGCCCCAGGAAGAGUGGGCGACCCGACUCCUGCCGGCCCUCAGCGGAGUAGCAAAAUGGGCCUUUAGCAGUCUGGAUAUGAGAGACAGAGAGGAUUAUGGGAAGGUGAAGGCGGCCAUCUUGCAAGCAGAAGCCCUGAGCCGGGAGAAGCAGCGCCAGCAGUUCAGGCAUUUCUGCUACCAGGAGGCUGAGGGGCCCCGGGGGGCUUACAGCCGACUGCAGGAAAUGUGCCGUGGGUGGCUGAGAGUGGAGAAUCGCAGCAAGGAGCAGAUCCUGGAGCUCUUGGUCCUAGAACAGCUGCUGAGCGUCCUGCCCCCGGAGAUCCAGAGCCAGGUGAGGGAGAGCGGCCCUGAGAGCUGUUCUCAGGCUGUGGCCCUGGCCGAAGAGUUCCUGUUGAGGCAGGAGAAGCAGGUGCCCUGGGAGGAGGCGGAUGGGAGCGUCUCUGAGGCAGGCGAGGCUCCAUCUGAGAGGAAGCUUUCGAUGGCUGUUGAGGAAGAGGAGGCCGGCCCACUGGGGGAAGAUCAGGAGAACGAGGAAUAUGAAGAACUGCUUCAAUUAUCUCCAGAUAAAGCCAAGCCUGAAGAGUUGAAUGGAAACUUCAGGAAUCAAGAUGAACCAAAGAGGCAGGAGAGAUGCCACAUGGAUGACAAGAGGGAUGAGCAGGCGAUUUCCAUGAGAGCAGGGAAUUUCUGUGACAUACUUCACAUAGUGGAGGAAACAUACAAGUGCUUGGAGUGUGGAAUGAACUUCUCAGAUCAAACUCUAUAUAAUAUUCAUUUGCAAAUGCACAAUGGAAAGAAGACCCAUCAAUGCUUGGCAUGUGGAAGGAGUUUUCUUUGCAGAGCAGAGCUCCUUAGACAUCACCGAAUCCACACAGGAGAGAAACCUUACAGCUGCUUAGAAUGUGGUAAGAGCUAUUCACAGAAAGCAAACCUUAUUCAACACCAAAGAAUUCAUUCAGGAGAGAAGCCAUAUAAAUGCUUAGAGUGUGGAAAGUGCUUUGGUUGGUAUAGCGAACUUCAGCGGCAUCGAAGAAUCCAUACAGGGGAGAAACCUUUUCAGUGCUCAGAGUGUGGAAAGAGAUUCAGUCGUACUUGCCAUCUUCAACAGCAUCUGAGAACCCACACAGAAGAGAAGCCUUUUGAAUGUUCAGAGUGCGGAAUGAGCUUCAGCUGGAAUGGCAAUCUUCAGCGACAUCAAAGAACCCACACAGGGGAGAAACCUUUUGCAUGCUCAGAGUGUGGAAAGAGGUUCAUUCAAAAAUCCAGCCUUCAACAACAUCAAAGAAUCCACAUGGGAAGAAACCACAUAGCUGUUUUGCCUAUUACUAGAGCGUCUCUCCUAUUUCACACCUUAAAGACAACUACAGAGUCCCCACAGGUUGAAAAAAAAUAA